UCCGCAGGCAGUAGCUGCUCAUGCCACUGCCAUCUAUCACCGCACAUAUAAAUAGGUUUCUCUUUUCCGUCACUUCUCUGUUCCUCAUUUUCUCAUACAUGUAUUCACACCCAAUAGUCCGUCACUCCUCUGGACACUCUGUUGGGAAUAAGUUCUGCCUCCAGACCAUAAAAAAAAUACUUAUGAUCAGAAUGAUUGGGCGUGUACUAGUUUUGGUUAGCGCCAAGCUCAAGCCAGGGAUCAAAGGGUCUCGGUACAGUGUCUACCGUCAAUGUUGCUUAUGUUGAAUACGAGAUUAUUUUUGGAUUUAUACCGCGUCGAUAUUGGCCGGUGAACAAUAGCUUCGGAUGAUAACGAUAUAUUCGCGCAAGGUGUUGGCUUGGAGUAAGUAUGUGCUGAAUGGUCGUAUCCAGCUUCCUGAUGGGAUAAAUGAGCCAUUGUAGAAAGUCUCGGCCGUUGUUGGAUUAACCAUGGUGCGAUGUGGUGGCGUGUGUAACAAACAAAAGACGCACUCUUAAUCAAGUAUCAAGUAUAUACCCACGAUCCCUCAAGCCCGCAAUGAUGGAGGUGGCCAACUUAAAAUAGAGUGUCAAGAGCAUGGCUGUUUUCAACAUAGUAUGCGCGUCAUCCUGUAUACAGGCUGCUUCAAUAUUUGGCUUGGUCAUUUUGUCAACCACUUCCCUCAGCUGAUGUAUGAUACAUGUGAAAAAAAAAGAUGAGAAAAAAAGAAAACAAA